AUGAUAACUGGCGCUGAAGGCAGACAAACACAUACACUAUUGGAUUUAAAGAAACAGCAAUGGGCUAAGGAGCGGGAGGAAAUCGCCCGCAUGGACGAGCUCAUCUCCUCCUCUCAGCACCAUCAGCACUCUACCAUGGCAUCCUCACAUCAUUCGCACAAAAUCGAGCGCACCUCUAUACGCACCUACUACUCGAAUAUGGACGUUAGCCAGACACAAAUGCAAAAUCAGCAGCGCAACUCAAGACAGCAAUUAUUUCAACAACAACAACAACAACAAUUUCAGCAGCCGCUGCAACCCUAUGCCCCAGACUUGCUGCCCCGUUACCCACAACACAAUGCUAACCCAUAUGCUGUGCCGCUAACACAAAAUACUAUGCAACCAAAACAUGUUGCCCGCCAACAACAACAGCUGCAGCGUGGCGUGAAUGGUUACGAUUAUGAGCUUGAACGAUAUAUAGAUGUGGUUGAUGAUGAGUUGGGUGUGGACGCAGAUUAUGAAGAUGAUGAAAUGACUCUUGGCGGCGGGUAUCAACGCUUACAACCGCCAGCACGACGAGCAACAUUUAUGCCACGUGGCCCUGGACGACGUAAUCAUACCACAAGCAUGAUGUCACAGAUACCUGGACAACGUAAAUAUGUAUACGAUGAGCUGACUCUGCCUGGUGAAGGUCUACAAACGGCCAAAGCGCGUAUGCAACAUGCCAUGCCAACUGUACCGCAACAGCAGCAGCCAAAUGGGCCACAAAUGCGCAUACGUAGCCCUAGCUUGCCCAUCAUAAGACACCAGGACUACGCAAAACGACAGUCACGGGAGCAACAUAAGACAGUGGUGGCAAGUGUACCGAACCAGAAAAUGCCACCACAUAACACACAAUUGGCGCCAGCAGCGGUAUGUGGCAAUAGCAUACCGUUGGGUGCGCCUAACAACGCGCCGCAUCGAUCUAAUAAUCAAAACAAUCCGGGCAAUCCUGGUUGCCAGGAAGAAGACACGUCGGGUUAUCGCAGCGAUUCGCCAAAGAACCCGCACACGCCGGAGAUCUGGUAUAAUGACGCGGCUAGUCUGCAGCGCAGUAGCAGCGGUACGUCCAAUAGUGGUGGUAAUGGCGGGGAGGGCGUAGCUGUGGGUGUGGGUGCGAUGCCCGUUGUGGUUGCCGCUGGCGUGGGUGUUGUCGCCGCGCCUGUGGAGGGUAUUGGUAGGCACACUAACGGAUCGAUAACAGGUCAACAACUCGGCAAAUGCCAAAAGCGGCAACAACAAAUGCAACAAUAUGCAAGCGAUGAGCUGCAGCAGCAACAACAAGUAAUGAAUUCCACCUACGUUGUAGCACGCUCAUACAACAGCGGAAUGGAGGACAGUUGCCAGGGCAGCUACUACAUGACUCCACUUAGUCCCUCGAACCUCAGCACGCGCGACAUAUCCACAUCCAAUACAUACCCCAUACAUCCCGGCGACCAGCACGAGUACUUCGCCAGUUCAAUGACGGCACAGCAGACGCAUGACGAACGCGAACGCGCCAAGUGGUCAAAUUACAACAACAGCAACACAAAUAGUGUACAAAACGAGUACUCGUUGAAACAGAACAUCGGUCCGAAUUGGUUAAAUCGUGGUCUUCACGAACUGAAAGAUAGCGAAGACGAUACGCAAUCCAUGCACUCCUCCUAUCUGCGCGGUCAGAACGCACCCGUCGAUCCCGUCACUAUGGCCGAACGCAUCGACAAGCGACGUAAGGCAGCCGAGUACCACAAUGCGAUCAAACAACAGUUACACGAACGUGAAAUGCUACGAAAGUGGGAGGUGGAGCGCCACAAACAAGAGGAAAUGCAGGAGGAGGAACGUUUGCGACGACAAAAGCAGAUCGAACAAGAGCGUUUGGAUUGGGAACGACGACAGCAGAGAGAACGCGAGCAGAUGCAACAGAAGAAGCAACAGGCAUUGUUGGAUGCAAUCGCUAAAGCCGAAGAAGCGGCCAAGCAGGAUAAGCAAAGAAAGCGGAAACUGCGAGUGCCACCGUUGGAUGAGAGUGAGGAAGGAAAUCAAAAGGAGUUAGAAGCCACUGUGACUAUAGAAAAUACGCAAGUCGGAGAAGUAGAAGUGAAGUUGACGAAGACAAAAGGUAACUCAAGAAAUCGGCCGAAAAAGAGUGUCCCCGAUAAUGUAAGAGAAGACAGAGAAGAACUUGUAAAGCAGCUUGAAGUAGAUACGAAAACUGGAAAGUCGCAUGAAGUGCAGAUACUGCGCCUGCAGAGUGUUGACGAGCCCGAACAGCGAUCCAACACCCCACCGCCACAACAAAUAACUGAGACAGCAGACGUACGAAACUCGGUGGCAAAAAUAACCAAGGAGAAAUCAAAAGAAGAGAGUCAAGAAAUGGAGGACGUUGAGGAGAAAGUGCUCAUAGGCACGCCAAUAAACUUACGCCGAAAUAUCAAAAAGAAGACUGUGCAAGCCACCGACGUGAAGAAGGAGCCGAAAGAGGCCGGAAAACAUGAAAAUGUUGCUGUCAUUAUGCAACCAGCAACACUCAUACCACUGCCCGUUACGAGCGAUAUUUUCGGUCUUCAAAACGCUAUAGGCAAUUUGCAAAUCGCCACGUAUUGGAUGCAGCAGCAACUGAAACCAGAUACUGCAGCGUCAACGCUAGACUUCUCGAAAACUACAGGCGACGGCACGAACCGCACGAGUACCUCAAUCGCCACGGAAGAUGGCUAUCAGAUGGAAAGUGCUGUCGAAGACAUGGAGAAGACUGCUAUCGAGCUUGAGGCGGAUGCAACAAGGAAAGAGAAUGUCACACAGAGUAAAAACAUGAAAGUUGAGUGUGGGGAAGGAGCAGAACUAGCACUCAUACCACUAGCAACAGCACCGGUAGUGAGCAGUGAACAACGCUUGGCCGAGCAGCAGGCGCAUCAGGAUGUAGAGACGCAAACAGAGUUGCCACUCAACUGUGACCUCUGUUUGUUUCAUGAUAAUUUCUACAAAGUUUUACUUAAACGUGAAGUUUCCACCACAACAACAACGCAGACCUCAAAAACUAAAAACAAACCAGCCAAAGAGGUGGAUAAAGAUCAAGAGACUACAACUACAACCACCACAACCACAACAACAACCUUCAAGGCAAAAUCCAAAGACAAGGAUAAAGACAAGGAAAAGGAUAGAGAUAACAAAGACAAAGAGAAAGACAAAGAAAAAGACAAGGAGAAGGAAAAAGAACGUGAACGCAACAAGCGCAAUCAAAAAGAGAGCGCACUCACCAAUACCAAUCUCAGUGUGAGCAUGCACACCAACCAUAGUCACCAUGCCAACCACAAAGUGGACGAUCGUCCAAAAUGGGGUGUCAAUCGGCCCGUUGUGCAGUAUGUCAAGGCCAGCGAACGUGAUCCAUUCUAUUUACGCAACAAGAAGAAACACAACAGUACACAUCACGCGAAAGCACCACGUUCGCAAUCGGUGGAUGCGCGUCUCGAUAACGCCGUUGCUGAGGUGGAAGAUGGUGAUGGUGGUACGGAACGUGGCGCUGAUAGUGCGUGUGAAGAUGAAGAUGACACGCAGGUGGAGGAGGGUUUCCUACUGAAAGCACGUAAUGUCUGUACGGAAAUAUUGCCCAUAAAAACGGAUGAGAAAGGACGCAUCUUUCUGAAUUUUCGCGAAGCAAGCGCCAUUAUGAACGAGGAUGAAAUCAAAGAUAAGCUAAGGCAACGUUAUUUUAACUUUGGUCGUAUUUUGCCACGGCGUAGUUGGGCCUCGGCCAGUCAGCAGGGCUUACAGUUUCGUGCCAUGGCCGCCACAGCGAUUGCGGCCCAACCGACUGCACACCUAGCGGAUGAUUAG